AUGGCUGGAGGUGAUCGAACGGCUGAAUCUACUCCCGUCACUCUUCUUUCCGAUUCCAGCGGCGGCGGGGAUACCAGCAACCCUUCAACACCCGCGUCCUCCGCAAACGCCACCGCAACCGCAGGCGUUUCUUUCUCCUCGCUGCGCUUACCCGGCCUCCAGUCCCUGAUUCUGCUCUCUGUCGUCGCGUACGCUGCCGUGAUUGGUUUCUCGCUCUCCGUGUCGCUUAAUCUCCCCGCGACUACCGCGCAGCUCGAAGCGUCCGGCGGCAGCCACGUGGACGUUUCGAGCGCCGAUGGCGGCGGCAUUGGCGCACGCGUGAAUCGCGGAAGAAACGCUCUUACUAUUGGUGAAAUUCUCCGCGAACCAUGGCGGUUGAUCUUCCCCGGCGGUGGCGGAGCAAGCCCGUUUUUUUCAGCGCUGGGCUCUUCCCGGUCCGAUCGUCUGGAAGGGGGGAGCAGGCGGUGGGGGAAGGCGGUCGCGCAAGACAGCAGUUUCGUCCUCGGGGAGGGCCAUGGGGAAGCGGAGAAAGCGGGGGAAGGGGGAGAUGCGGACGACGCGGAUGGCGCGGGGGGGGCGCAAGGAAGGAGGCAUGCGUGGGGAGAGAAAGCGGGAGAGGAUGCAGACUGGAGCGACGAGAAGGGGCUGUUGCAGCAGUUGAUGUCACUGGCGGAAGAUGAUAGCGAGCGGGGCGGGCGGGAGGGGGAGAUGCCUGACGAGGCGGAGGAUGAGGGGGAGGAGGAGCGAUGGCGCGGCAAGGAGGAGGAGGCGAGGGAGAAGGAGAGCGAGCUGGAGCCGUUGAAAGUGUUCCUGCUGCCUCUCACCCGAGAGUACAACUUCGGCAUGUUGCAGCAAUUCGCGGAUCAGGGGCACUGGCACAACAUCUUCCUGCCACGUGGCAUGCCUGCGUCAUGGCUGGCCGUUGCCCCCUCUACACCCUCCUCCCCUUCCUCGUCUUCCUCCGCUAUCCCCCCCUCUACCGCCUCCUCCCAUUCUUCCCCAUCCUCCCGCAUCUCUACAUCAUCCUCCACUACCUUAGCGUCCACUAGCCCCUUCACUCAUUCCUCCACUCUUCCCCCAUCGCCACCCUCGUCCGAUUCGCCCCUCCACCCUGCUUCUGUUGAGGAAAUGCCUCCGCUCACUCCUCCCAUGGUCACGCUUCCGGAUUCUCCUGCUGCUCAUGCUGGUGGUAUCGGCGGUGCUGAUGGUGCUGCUGGCGCUGCUGGUGGCGGGGUGGCGACUUUAGGUGUAGGUGCGGUAGGGGUUGUGAAUAAGUCAGGGGAUAACAGCGAGCGGAGUAACGAGGAGGAGGAGGAGGAGGAGGAGGAGGAGGAGGAGGAGGAGGAGGAGGAGGAGGAGGAGGAGGAGGAGGAGGAGGAGGAGGAGGAGGAGGAGGAGGAGGAGGAGGAGGAAGAAGCGAAGGAUGAGACGGAGGAGAAGGAUGAGAAAGUGGAGAAGAGGGAAGAGAAUGAGGAGGGACGGGAAGAGGGGGGGAGAGAAGCAGGAAGAAGAAGGUUGCUGGGUGAUGAGCUGGCAGGGAGAGCAAGAGAGGGCGUGGGUAUAGCAGGCAGUACUGAGGGUGUACCAAGUGUGGAGGUGGUUGGGGAGGAGCAGCAGGCAGACGUGGUGUUUGUGCCCUUCUUCUCCUCGCUCGCACUCCUGCACACCUCACUCAACCACUCCUCCUGGGCGCACUUCAACGCCCUGCAGGAGAGGCUGUACCGUGGCAUCACAGGCAGCAGUGCGUGGGUGAGGCGGGGCGGGCGCGGCUUUGUGUUCCCUGCGGGGCACCCGCUGAGCCUGGACCCCAUCGUGCACCGCCUCUCCCACGCCACCUUCCUUGCAGUCGACUUCUGCUUCCAACCCCACCAGGUGAUGAGGAGCAGCAAGGAUGUGGUAGUGCCGUACGUGCCAGUGGUGGGCGAGUACGAGGACGACCCGGGGGACUUCACCCGCCGCCGCACACUCCUUUUCUUCCAGAGCCAUCUCCUCGCGCGCUCCCAUGGCGGCUGGCUGAGGCAGCGGGUGCAUGAGGUGCUGGCGGGGGAGGCGGCAGUGACGUUCACAGCAGUGGCGGUGUUCAACGAGCAUGCACGGGCGUCCAACCAGGCGCUCAUGCGCUCCUCAAAGUACUGCCUCGUGCUCGAAGCUGCUGCUUCUGCUGCUGCUGCUGCUGCUGCUGCUGCUGCUGCUGCUGCUGCUGCUGCUGCUGCUGCUGCUGCUGCUGCUGCUGCUGCUGCUGCUGCUGCUGCUGCUGCUGCUGCUGCUGCUGCUGCUGCUGCUGCUGCUGCUGCUGCUGCUGCAUUACGAAUACCACCUUUCCCCUCCUAA